UCAAGAUGGGGACCCAAGUUUUGUAUCUCAAACGACAAACAUCGCAAAAAAGUUCAUUUUAGGAGUGUUUUAAGAUCAUUUACGAAUUACAACAUCAGAUAACAAAGUUUUUUCUGCAACAAUUCAUCAAUCUAAAGCUAUGGAAAACACAAAGGACACUAAUGGUAUAGUUUGGGAGAGUUCAAUUAUACUUAAACAGGAAGUGAGUGAUGAAAUCAUAAAGUUUAUGGACAUGAAAUCAGAUGAAACAUCAGCUAUUUCAAGUUCAGAAGGAGUACAAACAAAUAUAUCAACACUCUUUUCAAAUUCUGAAGAUAUAAAGCAAAGUGUAUCAAAACAAUUUUCAACUGUUGAAGACAAAUACUUGGAGGAAACAAUGCCAUUUUUAGCUUUAGAAGAUAAAAAUCUUGAUAAAACAAAGCCUUUGUUUAAUUUAGAAGAGAUGAAACAAGAUAACCCAACAUUAUUUUCAUCUUCUGAAGACAUGAAACCAAAUCUAUCAACAGCAUUUUCAAUUUUUGAAGAUAAGAAACCUGAGAUAUUAACAAUUUCAUCUUUGGAGAGUGAACAACAAAAUGGUUUCAAAGCACAGCAACAACUUUCUUCCCCACCAGAUUCAACUGAUUUUAAAGAAAAUUUCGCAGUUCUGAAAUCAGAUCUUCAAAAUGAAUUAAAAGAACUCAAGUUAUUACAUACAAAAUUGAUUGAUAAUCUCCCAAAAGAAUAUCUGAUUAGCAAUAAGGGACUGAAGACAUACAAGUGUGAUAUGUGUUGUCAAAGAUUUUUCCAUUUUGAUCAUGUUAAACAACACAUAAACAUUCACACAAGGGUGAAUCCAUAUGGUCAUGAUUUUCGUCAGCAAGAAGUUGUUAUGAUCAGUCAGGGUGAACAGAUUAACAAAACAAACCUAGAACAGGUAUACAAUAAGUCUAGUUUGUCUAAAAAGUUCACUACAGAGUCUAGUUUAUCCACACACACAAAUAUUCAUUCUGGAAUUAAGCCAUAUGAAUGCUAUGUUUGUCAUAAAAAGUUUGCAAAGAAGAGAAAUUUAUCUAGACAUAAAAUAACUAUCCAUUCUAGUUUCAAGCCACAUGAAUGCGAUGUUUGUCAUAAAAGUUUUGCCCUUAUUUCUAAUUUAUCUAGACAUAAAAAUAUUCAUUUACAUAAGAGACCAUAUGAAUGUGAUGUGUGUCACAAAAAAUUUAAUCAUGAAGAUCAAUUAUCUAGACAUAAAAAUAUUCAUUUACCACAGAGACCAUAUGAAUGUGAUGUGUGUCACAAAAAAUUUAAUCAAAAAAGUAAUUUAUCUAGACAUAAAAAUAUUCAUUUACCAGAGAGACUAUAUGAAUGUGAUGUGUGUCAUAAAAAAUUUAAUUGUAAAGAUAAUUUAUCUACACAUAAAAAUGUUCAUUUACCAGAGAGACCAUAUGAAUGUUAUGUGUGUCACAAAAAAUUUAAUCUAAAAAGUCAUUUAUCUACAAAUAAAAAUAUACAUUUACCAGAGAGACCAUAUGAAUGUUAUGUGUGUCAUAAAAAAUUUAAUUAUAAAGGUGAUUUAUCAGAGCAUAAAAAUAUUCAUUUACCAGAUAGACCAUAUGAAUGUGAUGUGUGUCACAAAAAAUUUAAUCAAAAAAGUAAUUUAUCUACACAUAAAAAUAUUCAUUUACCAGAGAGACCAUAUGAAUGUGAUGUGUGUCAUAAAAAAUUUAAUCGUAAAGGUCAUUUAUCUACACAUAAAAAUAUUCAUUUACCAGAGAGACCAUAUGAAUGUGAUGUGUGUCACAAAAAAUUUAAUUUUAAAGAUAGUUUAUCUAAGCAUAAAAAUAUUCAUUUACCAGAGAGACUAUAUGAAUGUGAUGUGUGUCAUAAAAAAUUUAAUUGUAAAGAUAAUUUAUCUACACAUAAAAAUGUUCAUUUACCAGAGAGACCAUAUGAAUUUGACAUUUAUCACAAACGUUUCCUCUAAAUCUAGUUUAUCUAUGCACUCAGGACUUGAAUGUGUUGUUGGUCAUUAAAUUCUCUUUCACAAAGAUCUUUAAUUAUCUAUACGAGCCGACCCGCGGCGUAUCAUACGCCGCUAUUUACUUGAUUUAUUUUCUACUUUCAGUAAUUCAUAAUUUGUGAAUUCGACAGUACCAAUGCUGCCACUGAAAAUAUUUGCUUUAAAACACUAACCCCCCUCCUUUCCCCUAACACCGACCCUACACCCCCCCCCCCCCGUGAAAGCAGCCUCCUCUUAGUUACCUCCUGUAAGUUUAAAGUCGGUUCAAACUUAAUUAUCUGCCCCUAAUAGCCGUCACUAAACCUGGCUGUACGGUUUGUAAACAUUAACGUGACCACAGCUCAGCAGACCAUGUGGGGGUGGGGUAGGGUGGUAGUGAUAGUGAUAAAGAGAAAGAGAGGGGACUGUAAGGAGGCGCUUGCAGCUUGUUUUCUAACGGCUCGCAGAGGAGAAUUAUAUAUAUAGAUAUAAAAUUAUUGCUUUUUUUUUUUUACUAAUACCACAUUGCGUAGGCUGAAAACACACCAUUAAUGUUUGUCAUACAGGAUAUAAUACUCUUCAUAAUAUUAUUUGUCAUACAAAGUAUUACAAAUGAUUAAUAUUCUAACUAGACUAUUCACACAAAGGAAGAAAAACUACAUGGAAAGAAUUGGUGUCAUGAAUCUCCAUAGCACAUUUAUUAUCUAGUACAAGUUGUUAUGGCUAACUUUGUUUCGGUUUUUUGGAAAAUAUGAUGGCUAAAUUCUUAUCCUUUACAUUACCCAUAAAACAAUACUAACCACUAAUAAACACCAACAUUUUAAAUGUACAAUUAUAAUUUGAAUC